AUUGGACUUUUCGGCAAGAUUGAUAAUAAUAUCUUAUUUGUCUUGACUUUUUGGUUUUAUUUCGGUAAAAAUCGCCAUGUUACGUUUUUAAGGGCUCCUGCAGGUGUACCGAAAGAAACUAGCUUUAAAUAAUCUGUAUAUCGAUACAUCGACCACUUAUAUUUUAUUUCGAUGCAUUAAGAUACAUCGAUAUUUUCAUUGAUGUUUUCACGGCAUUCCUAGAAGACAGAAUAUUUAGAAAUAAAAUAACGGAGUUUGUGUACAUUAUUGUUAUAACUGCUAUUCACAUUAUUUUGUGGAAAUAAUUAGGUUGCCAAAGGGUGUAAUGUGUACCACUGAUACCACAAUGAAAGAAUGGGAGCGUUGGUGUCGUCUCUGCGCGAAACAUGAUGGUUGUUACUUUGAUAUAUUUCUUGAGCAGUACCCACAGUCUCUGGGCUCGGAUGUAAAUCUUCAUUCGAUUAUAGAGGAAUUCUUCCAUAUUAAGAUAAAGCCUAGAGAUGGACUCCCAAUAUCACUGUGUACUGAUUGUUGUUCUGCAAUAGCAUCUUUGGAAAAAUAUGCGGAACAUAUAAAAAAAGUUCAAAAAAUGUACAAAGAUUUAAAAAUUACAUCUGAGUUCGCCGAUAUAAACCUCAAAGAUUUAUAUCAAAAAUACGGUUUAUUCAAAUGUGAGUCAAAUCUGCCCCAGUCAACAACAUCUGCAAUCGAACAAAUAUUUGUUCCUGUAAACCCAAAUACAGUCGUUAAAGUUGAGGAAAUGGAAGUAACCGAGUCAAAGGAAGUAAAACACGAAACUGAAAUCGAUGUGGAUUUCCACGAUCCUUUCGCAAACAAUAACCAGAAUGUGGAGGAGAGCACUCAUAUAAGUGAAGAUAGUGAAAGCAGUAACGGUAAAACUUACUCUGACUCUGACGAUUUUGUACAACAAAAAUUGGAAUAUAUUAAAAAUGUCAACGAAGGCGAAGAGGGAGGCAGUUAUUCUUGUAAUAUCUGUCAACUGAGUUUUAUGCAAAGUAGAAAGUAUAUGUAUCACAUGAAAAGUAAUCACGGCACAGAAACUCCUUUCUGGAAUUGCUUGCACUGUAGUAGUUCUUUCAAAUAUAAAAGGGAGCUGGAACGUCAUACAAGGAAAAUUCACGCACCGAGUGUUUAUCCAUGCCCACAUUGUGAUCGAAAAUUUAAAAGAGCCAAAGAUGCUGAAAAUCACAUUAAAGCUGAGCACGAAGGUGCAUAUUCCCUAAUUUGUGAAGAAUGCGGUGAAAGUGUGCGUACAAAACAGAAACUUUUCGAACAUAUGGCCAUACACACAGGCCGUGGGGCCUAUGAAUGCGAAGUGUGUGGCAGACAUUUUUUGCAAAAACAAGCCUUAAAGAGGCAUUCAGAAAUCCAUGGAGAUACACAUAUUUGUGGGGAAUGUCUUUUAGAGUUCAAAACAUCCAAAGCACUUAAGAGGCACAUGAAAGUGCAUUCCGAUGAAAUGCCAUACAAAUGCAAUUAUUGCGGCCGCAGAUUUAAGCGUGCAAAAAAUUUGAAGUAUCAUCUUAUUACGCAUACUGGCCUCAAACCCUAUUCGUGUGACUUCUGUGAUAAAACAUUUUCAACUGGAUCAAGUUGUCGUUAUCACAAAAAACAUUUACAUCCAAAGGAACUGGCCGAACAAGAAGCGGCGGGCGUAAAAACGUAUACAAAAAAUAUACCCACAUUGAAUGUGUUAAGAGCGAUAACGCAAGUUGCUGGAAAAAUGGAAAAAGGUGAUGGUUGUAUAGGCGAUAAGAGAAUCAAAGUUCCAAAACUAGAUGCUGAGUUACCUGAUGGCUAAAAUGCAUAAUAAAAUUAAGUUAGAAGUAUAAGUACCCAACUGUAGAUUUUAUAAUAAUUUGAUAAUUAAGUAUGUAUAGAUAUAGUCCACAUUUUCACUUCAUCAAAGCAACUUAAGAUAUCGUAUAGACAAUUAAAUAAUUUGGAGUCGAAAAGGCGCAUAACUAACGAGCUAGUCGUAUUUUGAAGUACUGUAUGUUUGAACAGUAGGCACGCAUAUUUCUUUUAUUAACGAUGCAAACAUUGUAACUAUGUACACAAAUUGUGUUAUAGAAAGAGCAAAUGAAAUAUAAGUCUUCUAUUAAAACACAAAAACAUCUUGGUUUUAUGUGUUUGUGUGAACAAAUUAUGUACAUAUGUAUAUUUUAAAGUGAAUAAUCAAUGUUUCAGAUUUGCACAAUUCGAGUAAGCUAGAUUACUUUGCCGACCAAAAUCUCUGGUUUUAUGACUUUCCAAAGAAGCAGUGUUAGCUUUGGAACAAAAAAAUUGAUUGUUACAAUGUUUCUCAUUCACUUAACUUUUGUUGU